CCGAAAUAGGCCAACUUGAUCAAGACGCCCAAACUUCGCCACGCAAAACCUUUGCCCCCCUGCCAGCCGUCCAUCCUUGAUCAGACGGUCGACGACCCCGAAAGUACUGCGAACUUCAGAGCCCUUCUUCCUCGCCUCCACGGUUUCCCCAUGGUUCCGCCCCUUCCACCGUAUGCGGAUGAGCCGAGGACGCGAGAGAGAGAGAGAGUCUAACGGUGGAUUUUGCUUUUGAGACCCUAGAAUCCUCUUCGAUCUCGACAGGCGAGGCUGCAUGAGUAGGAGGGGAGAGGUCGGUCGCGGCGUCAGACGAAGGUUCUUGAAGCACUCAUGGCGCCGUUCAUCGUCUCCUCCCCGUGGACGCUGCCUCCGCCUCCUCCCGGCUGCGGAGUCUCGUCUCUCAUCCGGGGUUCUGCGAAGCCGAACCCCCGCCGAUGCGUUGGCCACCUUCGACGGUUGAGGCUGAGGCCCUCCGGCUGCCCCAUUCGCAGGUUGGAUGUAUUCACUUCAAAAUGCUUUGCUACAAACACUGAUGUUGAUGGUGACAAUGUAGCAGCUGAGAAUACAGUUGCAGAAAAUCCUAGGCCUCUUUCAUCCAGUUGCUCAAUAUCAGUUCAUCUGAAAUCUGAUAUUCUUGAUUCUAUACCUUUAGAUUUGUCGAGCAAAAAGACAGAUGCAAACCGUGUCUUCACAAACCUACAUGUUUUAUCCAAAAGAGAGCAAGAUGCUCUAGCAGCUACUCCAACACAUCCUACAAGUUUAUAUGUUCUAUAUGCUAUCUCCUUGGUGGGAAAUUUAGUCGAACAACUCUGGAACUUCGUUUGGCCUGCUGCUGUUGCAAUUGUUCAUCCGAGUCUUCUGCCUGUGGCUGUUGUGGGUUUCUUCACAAAGCUAGCCAUUUUUGUUGGGGGCCCAUUGGUUGGUAAACUUAUGGAUUGUUUCCCUAGAGUUCCUGCAUAUCAUAGCCUAAAUGUUAUUCAGACAGCUGCUCAGUUGUUAUCAGCUAGUAUGAUCAUAUAUGCACUAAAUAAUACCAUAAAGCAAAGCUCUACAUCUUCUGUAAUUCUCCAACCUUGGUUCAUGGUACUCGUUGUGGCUGGGGCAAUUGAAAGGCUUGCAGGCUUAGCAUUGGGGGUCACGAUGGAGCGUGAUUGGGUUGUUAUGUUAGCAGGCAGAAACAGGCCAGUUGCACUUGCCCAAGCAAAUUCUGUACUUAGUCGAGUUGAUCUUCUUUGUGAGAUAGCUGGUGCUUCACUCUUCGGCAUUUUGUUGUCAAAGUACAAUCCAGUGACAUGCUUAAAACUUGCUUGUGGUUUAACAAUAUCUGUGCAACCUAUUCUGGUUAUCCUGGGUCAUGUUAUCAAUUCACUUUCCAGUGGUGUUCUUGAUUGCUCAAGAUCUGGCGUUAAACCUGUUGGUUCAUCUUCUUUGUUUGAUGCCAGGAAGAUCGUUGAAAAUGGACUAGAUGCGUUUGGACAUGGCUGGAAGGAAUAUAAGCAUCAGCCUGUGCUUCCUGCAAGUUUGGCAUAUGUGCUUCUUUACUUCAAUAUUGCUUUAGCACCUGGUGCCAUAAUGACUGCAUUCCUAGUACAUCAUGGGAUAAAUCCAUCAAUUAUUGGUGGAUUCAGUGGAUUAUGCUCUAUCAUGGGUUUUGCUGCGACGUUCAUGUCUGCAAGUCUAGUAAGACAGCUCGGCAUAUUAAAGGCAGGAGCUGCUGGAUUGAUUUUUCAGGCAUUUUUGCUCACAUUAGCUGUUUCUGUGUAUUGGGCCGGUUCUAUUACUCAGCAAGCUAGACUACUAAUUUUUCUCUCCUUGAUUGUAGUGUCACGAUUGGGCCAUAUGUCAUAUGAUGUUGUGGGGACACAGAUUCUUCAAACGGGAAUUCCUACUGCCAAAGCAAAUUUGAUAGGGAUAACAGAAGUUUCAAUGGCCAGCCUAGCUGAACUUCUGAUGUUUGGUGUAGCAAUAAUUGCAAAUGACGUUUCACAUUUUGGUUUUCUGGCUACACUAUCUGUGUCCUCGGUUGCAGUAGCUGCCUUGAUUUUUUGCUGGUGGUUAGCUAAUCCAACAGAUGGUCAGAAAAAGCUCUUCAAGUUUGAUGCUCCACUUUAAUGCUUAUUGUAGCAGAGUUAUGUUGGAGUCUGUAAGGCAGCAAGCUUUCUUCCUGCCUCUGAUCUCCAGUCUGGCAUUUAGUUAUCACCUGGAGAAUUUUUUAGGUGCUUCAGCUGGGAAUGAAAUGACUGGGCAUAAAUUUGGCUAUGGAGCUCCUAGACAAACAUCAACCAAACACUUCCAAUAGCUGGAAAUACACAAGCCUAAAUGCUGCUUCACAUUCUACUGAGUACUACUAUUUGAGUUCUUGAGAUUAAACUUAAUCAUGUGUUUGUUCAAUGAUUUCAAUCUUGAUUUCAUAGAGUUUUUUCUUUUGAAAAAAAUCAACACAUUUUGUUAUCACAAUUGGCCAUGUAUAUAUAACAACCUGAGUAAAGUCUUUGGUGACCAAAAUAAAUACACAACAUGUCUCACUCGCCAUAGAAAUUGGAGCAGUUUGACCAAAAAUUUGCUAGAAUAUAUGCUAUGUUAACAUGUGGAAGUAGAAAACAGAACAGAAAAAAAAUUCAAGUAGUGAUCUUGUUUGCAAGUUGUACUGAUAUCAGAAAAUUGUGAUUAAUCUUGUGCACUUGAUUAAUUUUGUGGAAAGAGAUCCAAACUUUGUCA